AUGGAUAUACAACAUUGUCAACAACAAGAUGAAAAAGUUUAUACAAUUUAUAUUGGUUAUGAUAAUGAAACAUUACAUGAUGAAUCAAGUGCUUAUCUUUUUGUUAAUAACGUAACAACUGAAAUUGAAGAACAAUCUAUUCAAACAAUCCAAAAAGGAUUAACAACUGAUAAUACAUGGUCAUUAACAACGUCUUUCAAUCGUUGUAUACCACCAACAAUAACUCGAUCACUUCAACCUACAUAUAAAUAUUAUCCUGGUGAACAAUUACAUUUUCUAAUUGAAUAUAUAACACCAUCAGAUGAAUGUCAUUGUACUUGGCAAGUACAAUAUUUAAAUGAUCAAACACCACGACCAAUAGAACAUGGAUUUGUAGUUAAUGCAGAUUGUUCAUCAAUCUUAAUUAUCGAAUCAAUUACUUCAAAAUUACAAGGUUUAUAUACAUUUUAUGUCGAAAAUGUUUAUGGACGUGCUAUGACACAAACAAUUGUUAUUGUUAAUGCAAACAAUAUUGAUGAUACUAGAAGAGGUAAGUAAAUAUCAAGUUUUCUUUUUCUUUCUUGUUGAUUGAUUUAGACAUCUGGUGUUGGGAAAUGUUACGAAAUUUUAUUCUGUUUUUUACAUUAUAAUAUCUAUUUCUCGUCAGUAAUAAAAGCAAAUUCUUUGAAACUUUUAUAAUAGAUAGAUACCAUUUGAGCUACCAUCGAUAAAAAUUUCAUUGAUUUUUCUCUUUAGCUCAAACUGAGCUAUUCAACAUAUACUUUCUAUAUAAGAAUUGUUCAGCUUUUUUUUUUCUGAAAAUUGCAAUUUGAAUCAGUAUAAAAGUAAAAGCAAACAGAUAUACAUCGCCAGUGUUGGAUUCUGCAUCACAUGGUGUAUUUUUCAAUUUUUUCGAUCUGAGAAAAAUAAAAAUUGAACUUUUGAUUAACUAAAUAUUCCAUCCAGAAAAAUUCGAAUACUAAUGAAACUCCGUAAUACAAUAUUUCCAAAAAAUAGCUUCGAAUAGUAAAUCAAACUGUGCUCAAAAUGGAUGUGUUCCGUGAAACUUGCUGAGUUCUAUCUGGAGACGGCACUUCAAUUGCAAGAAUUAGUAACAUAAGCAAGUUUCGUUAUGGAAUUUCAUCAAAAAAUAGAGAUGGUUUUUGAAUGCACUAUCUUGAUUCGUCGAUAUCUAACAUUCGUAUAAAAAUUCAUAUAUUAAAAGAGUACUUAAUAUCUAAUCGAUUCUUGUUUGACGAUGUAUUUCAUUAUCAUCUUCUAUAAUAAUUUUCGAGUUGUCCACUCUAAGAAAGAUUUCGCAUAUCUAGAGUACUCAAUACUGUUCAAGCAUAGAAACGCUGUCAUUUUAAAUACUAUUGAUCAUUCGCUUUUCGAUGAUAAACUCAGUCUCUCCUAUGUGUGGAUGAUCUAUGGCUAGCCAUGCCGAAUAUAUGCAUUUCUUUUUUCUUAUAGAA